CGUCGCUAUUCCUCGCAAAUCAUGGGUCAAUCAGCACCCUCCUGUAAGCGUUUCGAGAUCGAAGGAACAGUCACGAGAUUGGUAGUCGGGUUUGUGCUCUCAUGCACACUCCGGACUAGCGAGAGGUGCGACGGACUAUCCAGCGAAUCAGCCACCGUCAUGCAAAGCACACCCCGAUGCGGGGGCUGGUUGCCCUUUAAUUGUCCGUGCCAGGCUCCAUACAUGGUCUAUCCCCAGUGUUCGCGUGAGGGCGCGCUUUGCUUUCCGCUGCUCUCUUUUUUUUCCUCUCCACGAUUGUUGCUUUGACUUGUCCGAAUAUAAAAGCGCUGGAGGCUUGAAAGAUCGCUCUUUUCAAGCCAGCAGAGGCUUAUCACGUCCGCCCAUCCCUAGUACUCACGAGCCGGACCAGGCCCCAUCCGUUCUGCUCACUUUCCGGAGAUCACAUCGCCAUGUCGGCCCGUCGGAAUCGAGCAGGAGGACGCAUAAUGGCAAGAGAGAAUCUGGAAGCAAGACAAGAUGCAGCAUCAUCGCAACCGCGUACCGAUUCUCUACCAUCGACAACCUUAAUCUCGGCAAGCACCACAUCGUACAUUCAACCAACGACAGCGAUACCGCUGACGACGGCCUUCAUUCCUCCGUCGACAUGCACUCAAAAUCUGCUCACAAUGCUGGAGCCCCCGACUUACCUGAUAUGGGCUAACGAACCUGUUCCUGCGGAGAAUCAGACGUCCACAGCGUGCUACCCCUCCGAAUUCCUGCAAGCGUAUACAUCAGUGUCCUCCGGCUCCGUCGGUUCGUCAGUCGUUCCCGCUAUGAGUCCGUUGGUCUGUCCGGAUCACUAUUGUACAAUGUUCGCGAAAGCGAACAACUACGUGGCUUGCUGCCCAUCCGGUUACCAAUUCCAUCCACCAGACACGAUGAUUGACACGAGCCGCCCUGGAUAUGGAGGAACAUGUUAUAGCGACUUUGGCGUGAGUCAAACAUAUCCGGUUAUAGCGUACAAUGAGGCGGGAGACACGGCCAGUCAGAUCUUCAGCGCAAGCGUAUCCGGUGCCCAAGCGUACGCGCAUCCUAUCGACGGAUUCGCUCUGUCCUCUCCGACCACGGUCGGCUGUCCGACUCGAAUCUCCUCACUCCCGUCAGAUACCUCAACAUCAUCAACAUCCACCAUAAGUCCAAGCCCGAGCAAUGGUUCAGCGCCAAGUUCCACGCCGUCGACAGCCGCUAUUGCUGGCGCGUCAGUUGGCAGUAUAGUCGCUCUUGCAGCCAUCGUUGGGUUCAUAUGGUACAUUCUGGGCUACUACCGGAGGAAUCGCAAGCCACCUCCGCCGCCCCCAAAGAUCCAGCACCAGAGAGACGGCCUGCCCCGGCACGAGAAAGAGGGCGAUUUUACUUGCGUUGAGAUUGGUACCUCGGCACGAUUGCAAGAGAAGGAGAAAUUUAGACAUAGCGAGCUGAACGACGGACAUGGCGCGUUUGAGAUGUCGGCAGUGCCGGUAUAUGAGAUGGAUGCUACAGAGGAGAAGAAAAGACUGAGCAGGAUGAUGAUGAAUUGGAAGACGUCUCGCUGAUGCGAUGCAACGAAAUCCAUCGUGUGCGAUUGCGGUUCUCUUCGUCUACUCUCUUUGAACAAUUUGGGAUACCCCUUUCAUCGACAUAUUGGCGACGCGGAUGGCUAUAUAC